GGCGCCAUUCAACGCCUUGUGGGAACAACAAAUUUUCGCUUUGAUAAAUUUGUUAGUUCAAAAAGAAACAUUACCAGCAUGUCAUCAAACAAACGGAUAACUUUGCCGCGCCGAACGCAAGAAUUUGAAAUCCCCGUUCCACCGUCCUCAGUGAAAAAGCCACAAAACCGUGUAAGCAGAAUCGCGCAACCCUUACGUAAAUCCACAAAACCAGGGCUCGGUCAGUUUGGUGAAAAUGGACGCUCGCGAUCGAUGGAAAAGGGGCUCAGUGGAAUGACGCUGGGCGUCCCAUCUACGGCGACAAAAAAAUCGCUCAACCCACGGAGCAGUAGCGUAACACCGCGCCUCCGAACGCCAUUGCGAAGCGUCGGAUUUGCUGGGAAUGCGGAAAAUGCCCUUCAGAUGACCAUCCCCUCGACGGUGGAACGUGAACGGAGUACGGUGGACGCGCAGAAAAUAUUCGACUACCUGGCACAAGCGAACGUGCCCGAUCUACCGAAGGAUUUCAUUGACCGGCGCAGCCUGAAAGCGAUGUCCAUGAAGCAGUUUCUCAUCAUCGUGGCCCAUCUGUUCCGUCAAAUCGGCGGCAGUCGGUACAAAAUCGGAUCGAACUUUAUAGAAGACAUCCUGAAAGUGAUCACCGAGCUGCAGUGUCCGUUUACGGUGAACAAAUCGAUGCUGAAAACUCCCAGCGCACCGCAUUCGAUACACCAAGUGAUCACGAUGCUCUCGUGGUUGAUCGACCUCGCACCCCCGCCCGUCAGCGGGUCAGAAUGGGCACCGAAUUAUUUGCACGCGUCCGAGUUCCCAUCGCAAGAUUACACCCAUUUUUUCUACCAAUCCGCGAUGGAAAUCUUUCACCUGUGGAAUCUGAAAAAGGAGGAAGAAUUUGGCGAACAGGUCGACACCAUGGUCGACCGACUGGUGGCGUGCAAAACGAACGGUCUCAAUCAAAAGCAGGUCCACGAACGGACGGCACAACUGCAGCAGCAGCUGGAAUCGGUCAACGCCAAUCGUCCGGAGGGUCAAACGCGCGAGCAGAGCUUUGACGGCGUGCAGCGGGAAGUUCUAGAAAAGCAGCGCGAAGUGAAACAACUGGCCACCGAAACCAAGCAACUCGCCAAAGAGCUCGAACGACAGGAACAGGAGCACUACAAACGGCAGGAUCAGUACUAUGACUACGAAAAAUCUAUCCGUGUGCUUAAGGAAGAGCUGGCCCGGCAGGAAAUGACUGUGGCCGAACGGGACGAGAUGAGAAACCUCAUAACGCGCGAUAAGAAUAUUGUUGCAGCGAAACGGAACGCCAUCGCGAGCCUUGAGGAGGCAUCGUCCGACCAUCAGAUCACUCUGUCCCGGCUUAUCAAGCAAAAGAUCAAUUUUAUCUCCGAGCUCAACACGAAACUGUGCAACCUUUCCAAUGCCCUCCAGCCGGACAUUCUCUUCACACCGAUCGAACUCAGUUUAACGACGGAAAACUAUCCGGCUUUGGAGAAAAGCUUGCUUGAACUCGAGCUACAAAUGAACGAGAUCUUCAAACAAUACCACGAGCGGUACGCCAAACUGUGCCAGGAAAAGUGUCGCCUCGAGCAGCGGCUGUCCGACAUUCAGCUCACCUUGCAGCCGCUGGAGGCAAAGAUCGGCGGCCAAACGGCACGCCUGCAACGGCUCCAGCAGCAACGGGACGCCAUCACCCGUCAACUCACCGACCUGGCCAUGCGUGCCCACGAGCAGGAGAACUGGCAGGAUCGGGAAAAGCAACUCGAUCAGGAGGCAGAAAAGUUAAAGCAACAGCUGGAGAGCAACAAGAAGGCCAUCGAGAAACUGGCCCAAAACAAGCAGCAGUUGAUGGAGGAAGGAUUGGAGCAGUGCCGGGUUGCGCUGGCGCAGAGGCAACAGAAACUGGCCGAGUUUACGAGCUACGUGGAGGGAUGUGAGGCGAUAAUGGAGAACAUUUGUGACGCUUGCUCGCCGGAUGAAGCGUCUUCGAAUGAGACAAUAAAUGAGUCGUGAAUAAACGUUUUUCAAAUUAAAC